GUUUAGUUGAAUCUAUCACUUCUAAGCUCCUCUCAGGCCAGCUGCUUUUAAUUUAGUGCAAAGUGGAAUUAUGAGCCACAGAUAUGUCCUUCUCCUGUUCCUUGGGGGCUGCAACUGAGGCAGGUUAGGUUCUGCUCCCUGUGCUAUAUAACCAGCUCCACAGUGCUUGCUGGUUGCUCUGUUGGAGGUUAAGAUGAGCUCAGAACCUCUGAAGAAGGAUGGUCUUGCUGCUACUUCUGGGGAAAAAAGAUCUAAGAGAAAGGAAGUAUUUUCAGUCUACAUUUACAAAGUACUGGAGCAGGUGCACCCCGACCUGGCCAUCUCCUCCAAGGCCAUGAGCAUCGCGAACUCGGUCGUUGGUGACAUGUUUGAGCGCCUGGCCCAGCACAGCCCACGGGCCACCAUCAGCAGCCGGCGGCUCCUGCUGCCCGGAGAGCUGGCCGGGCACGCCCUGUCCGAGGGCACCAAGGCUGGCACCAAGUACACCGGCAGCAAGAGACCAGCUGGGCCCCAGUGAAACCAGCCCACACCCGGCUGCUUCUCCUGA